UUUUUAAUUGACUUACUCUUUAUUUACAUUAUCCUCUUUUUGCAAUUUUCUGAUGGCAGUUUCCAAAAUCAGCGUCAUUAUUAUAAUUAGAAGUGAUAGAGUAUAAAAUUAAUCUAGGGCUUCAAGCAUCCGCUUAACCUUUUGGUUGAGUUGGUCCUUUGACAUGGUAUCAGAGACCUCUCAGCAUAUUUUUUGAUAAAGGAGAGCAAAUAAUAUAAAAUCAUAAAUUAGUUAGGAAUCAGCAUAUGAGUGCUCUGGGAAGCACGGUCGCGUCAUUGGGUUGUCGUGUCCCGUGUUAGACACGUAUUGGACACCGACACGUUUUACCUUUUACCUUACAAAAAACAUUUAUAAUCGGAGAACAAAUCACAAAUGCUUAUAGUAAAAAACUAUGUAAAAUAAGCGUUAGGUAAGUAAUUUAAACGUCUAAGGUUAGAUACUACUCCAUAGAUGGUACACAUCACUUUCUUAAGUUAGGGGUGUCACCGACUCACCAUUUUGUAGAGACUUUUCAAUACUGUUAGGCACUUUAUCUUUUAAUUAAUACAUUAACUUGGUUUUUCUCUGAAAGGUUUGUUUAUCCGGAACUUGUAGUUUUGCUAAUUCACAGCUGGUUUAGUGGGCCGCCUAAGUGCCUAACAUGACCCCAACUUGGGUGGAUGCGGUGCGGAGCGAAUCCAAUCCACAAAUCUAUAGCCACUUACUCCCUCCGUCUCAGAAUACUUGACCUGUUUGCCUUAUUGGGCCGUCCCUUAAUACUUGACCUGUUUCUAAAAAUGGAAAUAUUCUAACAAUAUUAUAUUAUUUCUCACUUCACCCCUAUUAACCCACAUACCCCCUACUCCAUACAAAAAAUAAUUAAAAAUUCAACCCCUACUCUCCCCCAACCCCACCUCUUAACCCACCUCCCACUAACUACAUUAAAAUAAUACCCCACUAUCAACUACUACCUAUUAAAUUAAAUAAGUCAAUUCAAGUCCCUUAAACUCUGUGCCGGUCAAACCGGAUCGAGUAUUCCGGAACGGAGGGAGUAUUAGUUAUUACCUGCUUGUCGGUCCUAUCAGUUGAAAUAGUUUAAAAUAAUGGUUAGUAGAAAAAUUAAGAAACUUUAAGGUCGAAACUUCAUUCACAUGUAAACUCGUGCUGUCAAACAAUGUUUUUCCUUAUUGAAAAAACAUUCGGGGUUCAACCCCACUAGGCCCCUAAGCACUUUAAAAGGGAUUCUCCUUAAUAUUCCUAUUUUUAAAACGUCUAGUGUGUUAAUUCGCAUCGGGUUAAUUCUGCGGCGUUUCUGUCCGGUGGGCAUUUCAUCUUUCCUUUAAAAGAAAAAUAUUUCCUCCAUUUCAAAAUAGUUGCAACACUUUACUCUUAAUAUAUAUUUUACGAAUAUUAGUAUUAAAGAUAUUAAUAAAUCAAGUUAUUUAUUGACAAGCGUGAAGAAUAACGUGUUGCAACUAAAAAGAAACGGAUAAAAUAUAUAUACGGGGUGUAUAUAAACGUGUGACAAAAUUUGUGCCGUUUUCUCCGAUUGGUCCAUGUAAACUUCCUACGAGAAUGAUAAAGGUCGCAACAUGCGACCUUUAAGCCGUGUCACAAUAAUGAAAUGACAUUCUUAUGUGUGAUGAUUUAAAUUGGAAACUAAAAUAUUUAACUUAUAUGACCUAUUAUACAUUUUACAAAAAAGGUACUUAAUACUCCCUUCGUCUCAUAUUAGUUGUUACACUUUUAUUUUUCGUCCGUCUCAGAUUAGUUGUUACAUUUCUAAAUUUGGAAUGAUCCCACAAUUAUUAUAUUGUAUCUCUUACCACUAUUUAUUUUGUUCCCACAUUCCUUCUCAUUCAAUUAAAAUCCUAUCACAUCUGCUUUUUUGAUAAAAUAACAAUUGAAAACCAAACAACCACUUGUCACCUAAAGUUGUAAGUGUAACGAGUAAAUUGGGACGGAUGGAGUAUUCUAAUUUGUUUCCUUAACCUUAUUUACACAUUUUAUAUUAAAAAUAUUGUAUUGAAUAUUCCGAUGACGUAUAGCUUACGUGACGCCUAUGCAUGCCAAUUAAACUUCAACACGUAUGAUUGAGACAACUAAAUAUCGUCGCAACUUGCGACCUUUAUCAUCAACAACUUCCAAUACUUUUCUUUAAAUUUAUUUUGACAGAAUAAAUUAACUUUACUUUUCAAAAUUUAUGCGUGUUUAUCCUCUCUCCAGUCUGUUGCUACAAGACCCUCUACCUCUAUUGGACAAAUAGUUUCGUUUCAGAUUUUGCCAACUCUACUUCAAACUAUGAAAUUCAAACUCAUCUACAAACGUCAGCACCUCUGCAACCACCAUCUUCAUCAGAACACCAACGUUGCACUCUUUCCAAUGGCUAUCUCAGCUUCAAACAACAAAUUAUUCCCCAAUUAAAAUCACCCCCAAAUUCAGGCACCCAAUUCCACCAUAUUCACUCCCCCAAUCUCUCCAACAAGCUAGGAGGGUUAAUGUUCAGUUUGUAAUUGGAAGGGCAUUUAGAUGAAAUAGGGAUAUUUUAUUUAUUUUUGAAAUUUAGUGGUUACUUGGUGAAAUUUAGGAGUUUUUGGUCUGGUGUAAAAUAUUUUUCCUUUUCCAAUCGUUUUAGUUUUUUUUUUUAUGGCAAAGAGUGAAAAACAUUUUUCAUUUGAAAUGAGGGGAGAAUUAUUUUCCACUUUCUCUUCUUACCUCCCCUUCCAUCUUCCUAUAAAUUCUUAUCCAUCUACUCUCAUUUUACUUUUUUAUGAAUUUUAUUUACAAGGAACCAUAUGAAUGAAAAGUAGGUUUGAAUUGUGAUUUCCCUUGGAAUAUGUUUUUUGAGUAAAAUUAUUUUCACUGAAAUUGAUUUAGGUCAAAUCAAACGGAACCUUUGGGGUAUUAAACCUUUGAGGUUAACCCCAAAAUCUUAAACCUAGUAAGGGAUUUACUAGCACGACACGACCUGACACGACAUGUGGGACAAACAAUACAUUUUCCUAUUUAUAGAUUGGAAGAGAGGAAUGAACACAACGUGACACGAUUCUUUUUUGACUCGUUCCAGACGUAAUCUCUUACAAUAAAAAGAACACACGGGCCUCACACAUAAGCCUAAACCCAACACGUGACAAACUCUAGAAUAUAUCACUUGAUAAUUACUCCCAAAUAAACCAAGUGGGUAUUCUAUCUAGAACGAGAAGAAGAUUUAACUUGAAAGGACAUUAGUUAUUUGAGCUCUUGUGGUACACAAAAAAUCAAAGUGUCAAUGCAUCAUACUAUUUGACAAGCUCAAGACCUCAAGUUGGCAAGUACGAAUAAUAGUUCACUACAAAUUUUUAUAUAAGACGGACUUACAUAAAAGACCACCUUAGUGUCAUAUAAAUUAAAUAAUGAAAUUAAUUAGUUAAACACUGGAACUAAUUAGUUAAACACGGAAAUCAAUUAGUUAAACAAUGAAACUAAUUAGUAAAGCACUAGAACUAAUUAGUUAAGCAAUCAAAGUGGUCUUUCCGGAAAGGCGGUCUUACACAAAAGUUAUGAUAGUUCACAGGCUAGAUAUUUACGGAGUAUGUAAUUCCAUAUACGUCGUAUAUAGCUCAAACGCUUAGACGACAUUAUCAUAGCAAACAUGGAUUUUCCACAAUCAUUGUGGUGUUCACUCAUAUUUUCAAUACCCUUAAUAUUAUUAGCAUUAUUGUUUAAACCCUCCCAAAAACAAUUAAAGCUCCCUCCAAGUCCAACAAAGCUACCAAUUUUAGGCAACCUUCACCAAUUAUUUGGUGAUUUACCACAUAUAUGUCUUCAAAACCUUGCCAAAAAACAUGGCCCUCUUAUGCUCUUACAAUUAGGCUCUAUCCCAACUCUAGUCAUUUCCUCCGCCGAAGUCGCCGGAAAAAUUUUCAAGCCACACGACCUCAUUUUCUCCAGUAGACCGGGAUUAUACGCCGCGAAAAGACUUAGUUACGAAUUCCACGACAUAACAUUCGCUCCGUACGGCGAGUAUUGGAGAGAAGUUCGAAAAAUAACGAUACUAGAGCUAUUAUGUAUGAAGCGGGUGAACUCGUUUCGCCCCGUGAGAAAUGACGAGGUUAACGUCGUUAUCGAAUCGAUUACUCGAUUGGGUAAUGUUAAUCUUAGCGAGUUGAUGCUUUCUCUAACUAACAAUGUCAUAUGCCGUGUCGCGUAUGGGAAGAAAUUUGAUGGUAGUAAGUCUAAAAGCUAUGAGAUUUUGAAGGAAACGGAAAGGUUAUUAGGAGAGCUUAAUAUUGCGGAUUAUUGUCCAUGGGUUGGUUGGUUUUUAAAUAAAGUUAAUGGGGUUGAUGUAAGGUUAGAGAAGAAUUUUAAGGAAUUGGAUGAGUUUUAUGAUGAAGUUAUUCAAGAACAUAUUGGUGGUUCAAGAAAUAGUAGAGAUGAUCAUGAGGAUUUUGUUGAUGUGCUUCUUAAACUUCAGAAGGAUCCUAAUCAAACAAUUGCUCUCAAUUAUAAUCAAAUCAAGGGUAUUAUUACGGAUAUGUUCAUAGCUGGAUCAGAUACAUCUGCAGCAACCCUAGUAUGGAUAAUGAGUGAGCUAAUGAAAAAUCCAACAAUCAUGAAAAAAGCUCAAGAUGAAGUGAGACAAAUUGUAAAGGAUAAACAAAGAGUUGAAGAAAGUGAUUUACCAAAAUUUAACUACUUAAAAUUGGUCAUAAAAGAGACAUUACGACUACACCCUCCUGUUCCACUUCUUGUACCAAGGGAAACAACAGCAACAUGCACUAUUAUAGGAGGCUAUGAAAUCCCUGCUAAAACAAGAGUUAUUAUCAAUGCGAAAGCCAUUGCAAUGGACCCUAAUGUUUGGCACAACCCGGGCCCAAAUGUGUUUGAGCCCGAGAGGUUUUUAAAUAGCUCGAUUGAUUACAAAGGCCACGACUUCGAGUUGAUCCCGUUUGGUGUUGGUCGGAGGGGAUGCCCUGGGAUUAGUUUCGCGGUUUUGUUAGUUGAGCUUGUACUUGCUAAUCUCUUGUUUUGUUUUGAUUGGAGUUUGCCUGAAGGUGUGACAAGAGAUGAUAUUGACAUGGUGGAAGCUGUUGGACUUACUACGCAUAAGAAGAAUCCUCUUUUGUUAUUAGCAACUCCUACCACUACUAAUAUGUAACCUCAUUUUCUUGCUUCUGUUUAACGCUGUGUUUGGAUAGCAAGAUAAAAGGGAAAGGCAUGAGAGAGAAAGAGGAAUUGGGGGAGGGAAAAAGUGAGCUAUAUUUUUCUUUCAAAUUUCUCCAAUUUUCGAGAAAUAAUAUUUGUUAAAUAGGGAGGGAAAAUGGAUCUAUGCCUUUAUGCAUCCCCUCAUUUUCUCUUCUCUCCACUUUGCUUGUCCAGAUAAAAUGUUAAAUGUUUAUGAUAAAUAUUGUACUUAUUUCAAAGGAUGGUAUAGUUUGUUUUUAAACCAAA